AUGAACCCCCGGUGCAAGAACUUCAUCGGCUCCGGUGUGGUCUUUCACAUUCCAACCUUCUUCAGCGAGCUCAAGGAACUUGAAGAGAAGGGCUUGACCACGGUACACGACCGAAUCUUUGUUUCUGACAGGGUCAAUGUCCUCUUGGACAUGCACAUCGCAGUGGAUGGCCUUGAGGAGAAGGAGCUUGGAGGCAUUGGUCCAUGCUACCAAACAAGCAGAGCGCGAACGGGCAUCAAAUUAACUGAUAUCUUCUAUCCGGAACUCUUCGAGCAGAAGGUGAAGCGCUUAGCUGAUGGUUAUCAAAAGCGCUUUGGUGAACUAUUCGAGUACGACAUCAAAGCCGAGCUUGCUCGUUUUGAGGAGUAUCGGAAGACGAUGAGGAAAUACGUCGUGGACGGCGUGGCCUUCAUGUCAUCCGAGCAGCAGAGCGACCAGAAGAUUGUGGUCGAAGGCGCAAACGCACUGAUGCUAGAUAUUGACUAUGGCUCGUACCCAUUCGUUACUUCGUCAAGCACCACGCUUGCUGGGAUCAUUGGUGGACUCACCCUGAACCCGAAGAACAUUACAGAGACGGUCGGAGUGGUCAAGGCUUACACCACCCGUGUCGGUUGGGGUGCCUUCAAGACCGAAGAUACGGAAGAGAUUGGCACUAAACUUCAGGAGAUUGGACGCGAAUGGGCUUGGUACGCACAACUUCAAAAGCCUCAGGGAUUGACAGAACUGGGAGCGCAUCUAACAGGUACAGACCUUGUGGUUGUUAAAUACAGCAACUCAAUCAACUACUACACCAGCCUUAAUUUAACAAAGCUCGAUGUUCUGGACACUUUUGAAACGAUCAAGAUUGCGAUCGCUUAUAAGGUCGACGGGAAGGAAUUGGAAUCUUACCCUGCGGAUCUUGAGGUCUUGGAACAAGCCGAGGUCAUUUAUCAUGACAUGCCAGGGUGGCAAACGCCGACUACUAACGCGAAGACCUACGACGAUCUACCCAAGAAGGCUCGUGAUUACCAGUACAUUGAGAAGUUUGUGGGAGUCAAGAUCAAGUACAUUGGCACCGGUCCCGACCGUGAGGCCAUGAUCCAACGCGCCUGA